GUUCAUAUCAUACUAGUCAAAGAAAUAUUGAACCUGAAUUAAUGAAAAUCAUUUGUCAAAAUAUGCAUCUUAAUGAAAUAGUAUCUCAUUACAAGGAUGAUCCAAAAUUAGCAGAGUUCUUAGCAUUGUUACAAAAACAUACACUAACGGCAAUGUCAGAUGAUAUGCAUGCUCACUAUCUUCAGCAAUUUAUUAAAUUUAGAGAAAUAAUUGAACAAAAAGUCGCUU